UAGAAUUAUUGGUUUUAUAGUAAUGGGCAGUUUUGGCAAGAGGAUGUGGAGUUGGAUCUCUAAGAAGGUUAAAAGUAAAGAUAUUUUUAACCACAAGAUAUGUCUGGCUCAGAAUGGGAGUGAUCGGUAUAGCUCGUUUAUAGGGGGAGGUACAUUUUUAUUGCCGUCCAGAUCUAUACCUUAUCCUGAAGAAUGGAAUAUCGAACUAGCCCCGAUAUUCUCAGCUAAAUUUAUGCUAGACGACGAGCAGACCUUCUAUGAAAGAAGAGUCACUGAUUUCUUAGAAGUCACAGACCAGCUAGGAGAUAUCUUCGAGAUUUAUGAAAUCAUCGGACGCUUCAUCAUUGGCUAGCUGUCUUCAAGAGCUUUUAAUAAUGAAGUCUAUGAAAAUUUAGAAAGAGCUGAGAAGAUUUAUAACAACCAGAUUCAGAUAUUAGAAGAACUUAAAGAGGAAGCAAAGAAUGAAAAAGAUGAGGAAGAGAAAAUGUGUAAGAGAGAUGAUAAAUCUAAUAAUGAUGAGGAACAAUGUGAAGGAGGAAAUCUCAACAAUCAUGAAAUUAAAAAAUCUGAAAAAGGUCAAAUUAAAAAUAUCUUCUCUUCUCAAUUUCCUCAUAUAUCAGUGCUUAACCAAAUGGUUUAGAAAGAGAUAAUUGAUUAAUUGAAGUCAGACCAGCUGAGCCUAAAUAUAAAUAAACUCCUUAGAAACUACAACGAAACAUUGGAUAGUACAAACUUGGCUUUCUCAAUCAGAGUACUGAAGAAUAAAGUUGACUAUUUACUUUCAAAAGAUUCAGAAUACAUAGAAGCUAUAAAUAGGUAAAUCAGUUACAGAAUAGAGGAUAAAAACCAUGAUGAAAUUAACUACAGAGUAGAUUCUGCUAAAAUAAAAAAUGAUAAAAAGCACCAGCAAGCUAUAAAAACUUAUCAAGAAGACUGAAGCAUGCUUCCCAAAAAUAUCUCUAAAAACAGCAAAAUGUACACUUCUAGACAACAAAUUUUGAACACAUGCAAAGCUUACUUACAACCCCCUAACACAACCCCCCAUACCCAGACUCAAUCACCCAAGACCUCCAAAACCCCACUCACCUCCAACCCACAAAGACUACACAAGAAUCCAUAAUUACCAAAUC